AUGCCAGAUGUUAGUGAUAACUUGUCAGCAACAACAGUUAUAACAGCAACAUCGCCAACAGUUGUUACUAGACAGAAAUAUGAAGAAGUUCAAGCAGAGCUUGACGAAUUGAUGAAACAAAGAGAAAAUCUAGAAGAAAGUUUGUUGACGCUUGAAACCAGUAUUUACUCAUCUGAAGGUUCAUAUUUGGAAGAAAGUGGGAAUCUUAUUCGUGGAUUUGAUGGAUAUUUGAAACCUUCCUCGCAACAAGAUAAAAAAAAGAAAGACAUAUCUAAAGAAGCUCGAUUAUUUUCUAAUUCAAGUUCUUCUUCUAGAAAGGUUAAUGGGUCAAUGGCAGAAGAUGAAAGUUCCAGUUCAGAUGAAUAUAAUAAGAUUAUUGGUAGAUCAUCAUUUACUACUUCAAAUAAAAGAUUUAAAAGAACCCAUAAAAAAAAUAAUAGCAGCGGCAGUAGUCAUAAUAAACCAGAGAAUUCUGAAUGGGAGAAGGCUUUAAAGGCCUUUAGGCAUGCUGGUACUAAAAAUUUCAUAUGGUCUAGCGUUUAUACUGGUACCGUUUGUUUUUGGUGGUUUUUAGGCUACAUUAGUAAUAAGAGUAGAAAUGGAUGGAAAACACAAAAGAUCGAUUGGAAUGAUGAAAUUGUGGUGAUUACUGGAGGAUCGAGUGGUUUAGGUGGUUUAUUGGCAGAAACAUUGGCUAUUAGAACCGUGACAACUAUAAUUUUAGAUAUCAAACCACCAGAAAUUGAGCAUUCUAAUGUAAUAUAUUAUGAAUGUGAUAUUUCAAAAUUAAAGAAUGUUGAAGAAGUGGCAAAAAAAAUUAUUGAAGAAGUAGGAAACCCAACCAUUAUUAUUAAUAAUGCUGGCAUUGUUAAAGGAAAGACCAUCUUGGACGAAUCAGAAAACGAAAUAAUCGAGCAAGUAUCAAUUGCGUCUGUAGCUGGAUUUAGUGGCAUUUCUCAACUAGGUGAUUAUUGUGCAAGUAAAGCAGCAUUAAUCUCAUUUCACGAGACAUUACGAUAUGAAUUGGAUACAUGCUAUAAUGCAAAGAAUGUACGUACAACGUUAGUUUGUCCAGGUCUUUUGCGAACAAAAAUGUUUGAUGGAGUGCAAGUCGAAUACCCUUUUAUUACACCACCCUUGGCACCUUUAGAUGUAGUAAAAAGGAUUGUCACGUCAUUAGAUAAAAAUCAAGGUGAAGAUAUCCUAACACCUUAUUAUGCUAAUCUGAUGCCUUUAUUAAGAUUCUUGCCAAGUUUCUUUCAUGAUUCGCUUCAUAAGGUGUUCAAAGUUGAUUAUGGAAUGAAAACUUGGAGAGGAGGGGAAAAAAAUGAUUAA